GAAAUUAUAAAUUUAUAGGGGGUCAUGUGCAAUUUGCCCUUCUUUUAAUGCCCAGAAAACUGAAAAUACAGAGUGUUGUGAAUUUCCCCAAAUAUCUACCCUAGAAAGAAGAAUUUCAUCAGUGAACAAUGUCGGACUACUUUCCGGCAGAUCUCCUCUCCGAAAUCCUCGUUAAAUUGCCAGUCAAAACCCUAAUCCGAUUCACCGCCGUUUCGAAAUCAUGGCGGUCGAUUAUCACCAGCGCCGCCUUCAUCGCAUCACACCUCUCAAACAACAGUGAGAAUCAAACCCUCCUCCUCACGCGCCACGGUAAACACUGCAAGCUAGAUCAGUUUUCACUGCUGAAAGCAUCUGAAAACGGAAAUUUUGGUAUCAAUUCCUCUUCGGAAAUCGAAAUUCCAUUCGAAUUCCCGAUCGAUUAUUCCAGAAUAGUUGGGUCCUGCGAUGGGCUUGUGUGCUUAUCCAAUGAUAUGUUCUUUCGUAAUCCUUCGAUACCCAGUAUUAUUAUAUGGAACCCAUCUGUUAGAAAUCAUAUAGUUUUACCCAACCCCACUAUCAAUCCCAUUGAAUCCCACAAUGUUGUACUGGGUUUCGGAGGACUUAGUAGUAAUGUUUACAAGGUUGUGAGGUUGGUUUACGUCAGAAAAAUCGACGAUGUCGGCUGUUUGAGUGUUCCGCCGCAGGUCGAGAUAUUUUCCCUCGAUGCACGGAGGAGUUGGCGGAGGUUGAUUGGUGGAGUUGAUGUUACUCUGUGGGCUCUUAAAAGUAUGCAUUGUCGAGCUUACGUGAAUGGGGUUGUGCAUUGGCUCGCCUACAAACCGUUCGAUGAAAAUCAACCUCGACGUUGUUCAAUUUUGGCCUUUGAUUUUGACAAUGAGGUGUUUGGCGAAGUCAUGCCGCCAGAUGAGUUGGCAAAGGAGGCUUCUGUGAGCUUGGGUAUUUUCGUGAUUGAGGAUUCACUUGUAAUUGUCGGUUCGAAUAUGGUGUCGUGGAAUGUGUGGAUGAUGAAGGAGUACUGCGUGAGAGAAUCUUGGACUAAGUUGUAUACGAUUGAUUUGUUGGAGGAGAUUACAAAUUUUGUUUGGUUUUGGAACAGUGGUGAAGCUUUACUUACCAUACGUGAUCUUGGGUUAGUUGUCUAUAAUCCAGAGACGAAGGAGACUAAGGAUCCUGGAAUCUACGGGGAUCCAUAUUCGUUUUUUGUUGAUAAUUACGUGGAAAGUUUGGUUUUGGUUAGAGGGCAUGGAUAGUGGAGAUGAGUUUAGUUAUGCUGAUGAUGUAAUAAACUUAGAAUAUCGGAGAAGCUUUAAUUUUGGUGAAGAGUAGUCGAAACAAACACCGUUGGUGGGGAUGAAAACGAAAGGCAUUGCAGGCAAGACUUUAAAUUAUUCAUUGUCGAACAACAAGUAGCUGAAACAAAUACGGUUUGAUGGGGAUGAAAACAAACGUCAUUUUGCAGGCCAGACUUUAAAUUAUUCUAUGCUUUGAGUUAGAUACCACUUGAUCUUGUUAUUAUUAUCGAGCGUUUUAUAUUUUUUGAACUGUUCUCUUUUAUUUUCGUUAUGACAAAGAUUAUUUCAGAUCAGAAUUGUUAUUAUAUAGUACAGAGUAUUCUGAUAUUUCAAUUUCCCAUAUAAUUUGUAAAUUACUGAAGAUAUUGCUAUGGGAACACCUGAAAGAAGAUUUAUUGAGAAA